AUGAUCCUCUCCGCUGCAAUAUUCUCCUUGAUUUCCUCUGUCAAUGCCUUCCCUUUUCUAAAUGCGGCCUUUGCGGAACCCAUCGCGGAAGACCCAGAGCCAGUUGGGUCGACUCAGUUCUGGUGGAAACUUGCAAUCAGUAUCGUCCUGGUCCUGUCUGGUGGCGUCUUCGCCGGGUUGACGUUGGGGCUCAUGGGACUGGAUGAACUCCAUUUACGCGUUCUCGCAACCUCAUCAGAAGAUAUGAAGGAGAAAGCUAAUGCUCAGAAAGUGUUGAAACUCUUGGGCAAGGGUCGCCACUGGGUUUUGGUUGUUCUUCUAUUGGCCAAUGUGAUCGUGAACGAAAGUUUGCCCAUCUUUCUCGACAAAGCUAUCGGUGGUGGCAUCGCUGCCGUUGCUAUUUCUACGUUCAUGAUUGGUGCAGUGAUCCCACAAGCCGUCAGCGUGCGUUACGGUCUCUCCAUUGGGGCAGCUUGCGCUCCUAUCGUCCUCACAUUCAUGUACUUAUUUGCUCCCAUCGCCUGGCCUAUAGCUAAGCUUCUCGAUUACGUACUCGGCCACAACGAAAUUUCCACCUACAAGAAGGCAGAGCUGAAGUCCUUCCUCCAAUUCCACCGCAGUGGGGAAGAGCCACUGCGGGAUGAUGAGAUCAGCAUUCUCAACGGCGUACUUGAGCUGAACACCAAGAAUGUGGAGACGAUCAUGACUCCCAUGAAGGCAAGGCCUCACGAUGUUCUUACACUUGCUUCUGACGCCAUCAUGGAUAGCAAGACCGUGGAGCAUAUCCUGACCAGUGGAUACUCCCGAUUCCCUGUGCAUGAGCCCGGCAACCCCUUCUCGUUCAUCGGUCUCCUGCUCGUCAAGAAGCUGUUGUCGUAUGAUCCAGCGCAAUGCUGGCCCGUUUCCAAAUUCCAACUUGGGAUUCUACCUGAAGCCAAACCUUCCAUUAAUUGUUUCCAAGCUCUGGAUUACUUCCAAACGGGACGCGCGCAUCUACUUCUCAUCAGCACAACCCCAGGAAUGGCCGGAGGCGCAAUAGGAGUGAUCACACUCGAAGACAUCAUUGAGGAAAUCAUAUCAGAGGAGAUCGUCGACGAGACAGAUCGGUACGAAGACAACCAAAAUAAACAGCGCGCAAAGCGCAUGACAAACGCCACCAUCAUGCGAGGAAUUGUCGAGCGCGAACGCCGCGUCGAUUCCGCAAACACAAGUAUCGGCGAGCGCACGCCGCUGAUAGCGCAGAGUCCACCGUCGGAGCAGAACGGCGUCUCGAGCGUCGCGUCUCGUCUGCAGUACGGCACGGCGGUGCUCAGCCAAUCUCCAAAACCAUAA